AUGCUCUCAUAUAAUUGGGGUAGCAAAGCUGUUGUAUCGAAAGUUUACGAUAUUCUAGUUGAAUCAGGUAUAAAAGUUUGGAUGGAUAUAAAAGGUGGUAUGGGAGAUAACAUAAACAUUAGUAUGGCAGAAGGAGUAGAAAAAGCUGCUGUUGUUUGUUGUUUUAUGACACCGACUUACCAGGAAUCGCAUAAUUGUCAACUUGAAUUAGGAUACGCUAAUGAACUAGCAAAGAAAAAACAAUUAAGAAUCAUUCCAUGUAUGAUUGGUGAUAAAAAUAAUAAGGAAUGGCGACCUUCGAGUUGGUUAGGACUUCUAACAUUAUCAGAGAACUAUGUGAAUUUUCGAGACGAUUCAGACGCCAAUAUUCAAUUAAAAACAAAAGAACUCAUUGAAAGAAUCAAGCAUCAAUCUCCAAUAUAUACACCAAAUUCUAUUCCAUUACCAAUACGACCGUGGGAUCCCAUUCGACAAAAAUAUCUCAAAGAAAAUAAGAUCCAACUAAUGAUAAACGAUCAAAAAGAAUUUCCGAUGGAACAGAGUUACAUAAAUUUGGCUUUAGUAGAAACUAAGGAUCAACAAGAAAAAGAGAAAAGAUUAAAACAAUAUAACAAUGAGGAUCAGUUCAGCCGAGAAGAUGAACAGAGUGAUCGCGGAUCACAUCAACACAAUGAUAUUCUUGGUACUUUUGAAGAGAUAUACGGCAAGAAGACUACUAUUGAUGUCAAGGAUAUUUUCGAACAAUGCAAGGAUCAAAUAAAGAAGGUACUCAUGCUUGGACGAGCUGGUAUUGGAAAAUCGACAUUUUGCCAAUAUGUUACUUAUCGAUGGGCAAAAGGUGAAAUUUGGUCUCAAUACGAACUUGUUAUUUUGAUUCGAUUACGUUCAUUGACAGAUGGUCAGUAUCCAUCAGGGAAAAAGUAUUCACCCAUUGAUCUUGUGGAGAGAGAAUAUUUCGAAGUUGAUGAUAUAUCCACUGAAAUAAAACAAAACUUCAACGAUAAAUGUAAUAGAGAGCACGUCCUUUGGAUAUUAGAUGGUUAUGAUGAAUUUGCUCAAAAUAUUCCUGAACAAUUAAAAAGUGUAUUUAAACAUAUAUGUGAGACACAACAUCAUAUUUUAACAUCUCGUCCUUAUGCAAUUGCAUUAUCAUAUGAUACCAAAAUGGAAAUAACUGGUUUUACAAAUGAAAAUAUUGUCAAAUACAUUGAACAAUUUUUCGACCAGAUCAAGACUGAGUCAACAAAUGCCUUAUCCAAUGGUCGAAAGCUUUUGAAAUUCUUAAAGUCAAAUCCUAAUGUCUGGGGUAUUGCCCAUAUACCAGUGAAUCUAGAAUUGAUAUGUAGUCUUUGGAGUGACUAUAGCGCGUCGAAGAUGACAGUUGUAACAAUGACGCAAUUGUACUCUACAAUCGUCGAAUGGCUAUGCCGAUGUUACUUGAAAAGACAAAAUAUAAAUCAUGAACUUAUGACAAAACAAAUUCUUUAUCGAAAAUGCAGUACGGAGUUACAGUUUUUGGAACACUUGGCUUUCAAUGGAAUGGAACGAAAGGAAAUUAUGCUGCCACCAGAACUUAUCGAAGCAACUGAAUACGAAAUGGAUUGCUCUCUAGGUGAUUACCCACAGUUAUUGAAUAUGGGCAUUCUCAGAUCAUAUGAUGAUAAACCAAUUGGGCACCGAAUCGAAACAAACAAACAGCAUUAUUUUGUUCAUCUCAGUUUCCAAGAAUAUUUUGCAGCACGUCACUUACUCAAAAUUCUUAAGAAUUCUACAAAGCAAAAAGCAAUUGAUUUUAUUAACAUUCACAAGUACAAUCAACGUUUUCACUUUGUCUUUGUUUUUGCAUCAGGUCUUCUCGCAGAAGCAGAUUUUCAAUCAUCUAUGGAAGUAUUUUGGAAUACUCUACAAGGAGAACCAUCAGAUCUGGUCGGCCUUAAGCACAUAACACUUACUAUUGAAUGCAUCGAUCAACUCAUAGAUACAAGAUUAUUUUCAGCACGAACGAGUUAUUUAAAAUCAAUAUCCCAGUGGAUAGCUAUCAGCACCAGUGAAACUGCAACACCAAUUCGAGAAACUCUUUUGCGAUCACUCGGACGUGCCAAUUCUACAGUCAACACGUCAAUCAUACAAAACAAAUUGAUAGAAUUUCUCACACUAAAAGAUAUACAAACAAAACGUAACACCUACGAUCUUAUAUCACAAAUACCAAUAACGAACCCCAUUCGUGAAUUACUUCAGAUGAUUUCCAAUACUGCGCAUGUAAAGCCAUCUGGAAGCUCAGUGAAAGAUCAGCAACGACUGAAAUACUUGCUGUUUUGUUGAAUGCAAUCCAACAUCGAGUUGCGAAUGUUCGAGAAAAGGCAUGUGAAGCUCUUCGUGAUAUAGGUGAAAAUGCCGCAACCGACGGGGUGAUCGCUGCUUUGCUGAAUGCACUUCAAGAUGAAAAUUGGGGUGUUAGAUAUCGGGCAUGUGAAGUUUUCGGAAACAUGGGUGAAAAAGUAAUAAUCAAUGAAGUGUUUUCUGCUCUCCUGAAUGUACUUAACGAUGAAAAUUCAAAUGUCCGAAGAUGUUCAUGUGAAGUCUUGGGGAAGCUAGGUGAAAAAGUAGCAUCGGAUCGCGUAAUUGCUGCUUUGCUGAAUGCACUUCAUGAUGACGAGUUUAGUGUCCGAUGCACUGCAUAUAAAGUCUUCGGGGCGAUAGGUGUAAAAGCAGCAACGAAGGAAGUGACUACUGCAUUGCUGACUGCAUUGCAAGACGAAUAAUGAGGCAUUCAAAGUAAUGCAUAUGAUUCCCUGAGGAAGAUAGCUGAAAAAGCAACAACAAAUGAGUUGGUCGAUGCUCUGAUCAAGAUACUGCAUGAAGGAAAUCACUUUGCUCGAGAAUAUUCAUGUGAAAUCCUGGCGAAGGUGGGUGGAAAAGUAGCAACCAAUGAAAUAAUCAAUGCGCUGGUGAAUGCACUUCGGGAUAAAGAAAUAAACGUGCGAAGUGCUCUGAUGGAGAUGGGUGAAAGAGUUGUAACCAAUAAGUUGAUUGGUGCUCUGCUAAAUGUUCUCCAAGAUGCAGAUUCUGGUGUCCGAGCAUACGCGUGUGAAAUCCUGGGGAAGCUGCAUGAGAAAAUAACAACGGAUGAUGUGAUUACUACUCUAUCAAAGGCUCUUCGAGACGACAAUGGGAAUGUCAGAUAUGCCGCGUGUGAAGCUCUCAUAGACAUGGGUGAGAAAGCAGCAACGCGUGAUGUUAUAGUUGCUCUUGUGGAUACACUUCAGGAUAAAGAUUCAGCUAUCCGAUGGAGAGCAUGUUUUGGCCUUGGGAAGAUGCAUGAAAAAGCGGCAACCAACGAGGUGAUUACUGCUCUUCUAAAGGCACUUCGAGAUGAAGAUUGGAAUGUUCGAAGUAACGCUUGUACAGCACUGGGAAAGAUAGGCAAAAAAGCAGCAACAGAUGAAAUGAUCAGUGCUCUGUUGAAUGCACUGUAUGAUCUCACAAAGUGCAUCUAAAGCUCUCGAGAAGAUGCAUGUAAAAGCAACAACCAAUGACAUAAUAGCUGCAAUUCUAAAUGUACUUGACGAUAGUGACCCUGGUAUUCGAGGGCGUGCUUGUCAAGCUCUCGGCAAGAUGAGUGAUAAAGCCGGAACGAAUAAGGUCAUCGCUGCUUUGCUGAAUGCAAUUCAGGACAAAGAUUCGAACGUCCGAAGAUACGCGUGUGAAGCCUUGGGGAAGCUAGGUGAAAAGGCAGCAACUAAUGAGGUGAUCAUAGCUCUAAUGAAUGUACUUCAAGAUGAAGACUGGUAUGUACAAGAAUACGCCUAUGAAGCCAUUGGUAAGCUAGGUGGAAAAACAGCAACGAAACAGGUAAUCACUGUUCUGCUGAAGGCAAUUCAGAGUGAUGGUAGCAAUGUUCGAAGAUAUGCAUGUAAAGCCUUGGGAUACAUGGGCGAAAAAGCAGCGAGGAAUGAGGUGAUCGAUGCUCUGUUGAAUGUACUGAAAGAUAAAUAUUCUUAUCUCCAAUCGGAUGUGUUUGAAGCUCUUGGGAUGAUGGGUGAGAAGGCAGCGACGGAUGCGGUGAUCGUGAAUCUUUUGAAUGCACUCGGUGAAAAAGAUUCGUUUAGCCGAGGGCACGUGUGUGAAGCCCUUGGGAUGAUGGGUGAAAAAGCAACAACAGAGGAAGUGUUCAGUGCUCUCGUAAAUGCACUUCAAAGUCGAGAGUCGGUAUGGAGAAGAUAUGCGUAUGAAGCUCUGUGGAAAUUGGGUGAAAAAACAACUACGAAGAAAGUGAUUGCUGCUCUGGUGGACGCAUAUAUGUCUGAGUGAGGAUUCUGGAAUGAGGAAGUUCACGAGACUUUCAAGCGUGCUAUCUGUUCGUAUGAUGGAAUGAAAGAGUUAGAGUCAGACAUAGUGUCGAGAUUAUUUUCAUGUCUCAAUAGAUGGUAUAAAGAUUGGUGGACAGCGAUGCCUUCGGAUCACUUGUUAAAGAUUUUCUUGGAUUCAAAAAAUGUUACUUGGAUUCCAUUUGUCGUCCAUUAUGCAUUAUAUCAAGGAAUUGCUGUGACAGUCGUUGGUAACACUCUUCGAAUCUAUGAUAGUAAUGGAUUAUUAGAGAUGCAUGCGUCCGAUUCUGAAUUGAGGAGUUUAAUAGAAGCUUUUAUAUGUCAAAAGACAGAACUCCAAGUCGAGUCAAUGGUAGUGAAAAGAAACUCAAAGGAAACAACAUAGUCGCGAUUCGUUGGUCAAGUUGAUUGGUAUCAUUACGAUGGUAAUUUCAUGUACAUGACCUUUACAUUUACUAAUUGUGCUGGGAUAUGGUUCAUUUCGUUUCAACCAAUUCUUUUUUGUUCAUAUGAGUUUUAUUUUUCUAAUAUUUACGAAGGUUUUGACGAGGACUUCGGAUUUUAAUACUGUGAUGUUGAAAGUGUGGGUGUGGGUGUGUGGUGGGAUGUGGAUGUGCGCGUACGUUAAGUCAACAAUAUACCCACACCCACACCCAUAUGAUGACGUUCUGACAAAGCAGAAAAAAAA